AUGUCUCACCUUUCUGCCUCUCGUCUUUCUUCUUUGCUCCCUUCAUUUUUCACCUUCUCUUCUUUGCUCCCUUCAUUUCUCACCCGCUCUUCUUUGCUCCCUUCAUUUCUCACCCGCUCUUCUUUUAUUUUUCAUUUCUCACCCGCUCUUCUUUGCGCCCUUCAUUUCUCACCCGCUCUUCUUUGCGCCCUUCAUUUCUCACCCGCUCUUCUUUGCGCCCUUCAUUUCUCACCCGCUCUCUUCUUUGCGCCCUUCAUUUCUCACCCGCUCUCUUCUUUGCUCCUUUCAUCUCUCUCUCUCUUCUUUGCUCCUUUCAUCUCUCUCUCUCUUCUUUGCUCCUUUCAUCUCUCUCUCUCUUCUUUGCUCCUUUCAUCUCUCUCUCUCUUCUUUGCUCCUUUCCGUCUCUCUCUCUCUUCUUUGCUCCUUUCAUCUCUCUCUCUCUUCUUUGCUCCUUUCAUCUCUCUCUCUCUUCUUUGCUCCUUUUCGUCUCUCUCUUUCCGCUCUUUUCGUCUCUCUCUCUCCGCUCUUUUCGUCUCUCUCUCUCCGCUCUUUUCGUCUCUCCGCUCUUUUCGUCUCUCCACUCUUUUCGUCUCUCCACUCUUUUCGUCUCUCUCCCUCUCCGCUCUUUUCGUCUCUCUCUCUCUCCGCUCUUUUCGUCUCUCUCUCUCUCCGCUCUUUUCGUCUCUCUCUCUCUCCGCUCUUUUCGUCUCUCUCUCUUCUUUGUUCCACUUGUCUCUCUCUAUGCGCCCCUCAUCUCUACCUCUCUUCUAUGCUCCCCUCGUCUCUCCCUCUCAUCUUUGCUCCACUUAUCUCUCUCUUUCUGUGCUAUACUCGUCUCUUUCUCUUCUUUGCUCUUGUUGUGUGUCUCUCUCUCUCCCUCCCUCUCUCUCCCUCCCUCUUUCCAAGUCUUGUCUCAGUCUCUCUCUCUACUUUCCAAGUCUCAUCUCUAUCCCUUUUCAUUCAAUCCAACAUCUCUCUCUUCUUUUCAUCAUAAAAUCUCUCUUGCUCUAUUCUCCUCCCUAUUCUCCCUCUUUUGUCUGUUCUCCUGUCUUGCCUCACAUUCACAUCUCUUUUCCUUUCUCAUUUCUGCCUCUUUCUUUCUCAUCUAGACCUCUUUUCACUCACUUUCUAUCCCUUUCAUUUACCGUCUUUUUCACUCUCUUUCUCUCUCGUCUUCACCUCUUUUCACUCUCACUCUCUCUUGUCUCCACCAAUUUUCACGCUCUCUCUCUCUUGUCUUCACCUCUUUUCACUCUCACUCUCUCUCGUCUUCACCUCUUUUCACGCUCUCUCUCUUGUCUUCACCUCUUUUCACGCUCUCUCUCUCUCGUCUCCACCUCUUUUCACGCUCUCUUUCUCUCGUCUUCACCUCUUUCACGCUCUCUCUCUCUUUGUCUUCACCUCUUUUCACGGUCUCUCUCUCGUCUUCACCUCUUUUCACGCUCUCUCUCUUGUCUUCACCUCUUUUCACGCUCUCUCUCUUUUCACCUCUUUCACGCUCUCUCUCUUGUCUUCACCUCUUUUCACGCUCUCUCUCUCUCGUCUCCACCUCUUUUCCGCUCUCUCUCUCUCGUCUCCACCUCUUUUCGCUCUCUCUCUCUCUCUCCACCUCUUUUCCGCUCUCUCUCUCUUGUCUUCCCCCUCUUUUCACGCUCUCUCUCUCUUGUCUUCACCUCUUUUCAAAUCUCUCUCUCUUGUCUUCACCUCUUUUCCUCUCUCUCUCUCUCUUGUCUUCACCUCUUUUCACGCUCUCUCUCUUGUCUUCACCUCUUUUCACGCUCUCUCUCUUGUCUUCACCUCUUUUCCACGCUCUCUCUUCUCUUCCCCCACUCUUUUCUCUCUCUCUCUCUCUCUUGUCUUCACCUCUUUUCACGCUCUCUCUCUCUCUUGUCUUCACCUCUUUUCACGCUCUCUCUCUCUCUUGUCUUCCCCUCUUUUCCGCUCUCUCUCUCUCUUGUCUUCACCUCUCUUUUCACGCUCUCUCUCUCUCUUGUCUUUUCACCUCUCUCUCUUUCUCCACCUCUCUCUCUCUCUCUUCCACCUCUUUUCACGCUCUCUCUCGUCUCCACCUCUUUUCCGCUCUCUCUCUCUCGUCUCCACCUCUUUUUUAUUCUCUCUCUCUCGUCUCCCCACCUCUUUUCUUUUUCGCUCUCUCUCUCCGUCUCCACCUCUUUUCUCUCUCUCUCUCUCUCUCCCCCUCUUUUCACGCUCUCUCUCUCUCUCUGUCUCCACCUCUUUUCCACGCUCUCUCUCUCUCUCUCCCACCUCUUUUCAACUCUCUCUCUCUCUCCUCCCACCUCUUUUCACGCUCUCUCUCUCUCUCGUCUCCACCUCUUUUCGAUUUCGCUCUCUCUCUCUCUCGUCUCCACCUCUUUUCACGCUCUCUCUCUCUCUCGUCUCCACCUCUUUUCACGCUCUCUCUCUCUCUCGUCUCCACCACUAUUUCACGCUCUCUCUCUCUCUCUCAUCUCCACCACUAUUUCAUGCUCUCUUUUUAAUCUCCAUCUCUUAUUACUCUUCCUCAUCUUUGCCACUUUUCACUCUCUCUCUCAUCUCCGCCUCUAUACGUUCCCUCUCUCCUUCAUCUCCGUCUCUUUUCACUCUCUCUCUUAUCUCUGCCUCUUUUCAUGCUCCUCACUCUUUUCAUGCUCUGUCUCUCUUGUCUUUGCUUCUUUUCACUCUUUCUUGUCUCCCCCUCUUGUCUUUCUGUCUCUCCUUUCAAAAACUUCUCUCUCUCUCUCAGUCAUUCUUUUCUCCAUCUCUCUCUCUCUCUCUUCUCUUUACCUUUCUCCUCUACUCAUCUUCUCUUUACCUCUUUUUCCUUCUUCCCACUUUUUGUUCCAAUUUCAUGAUCUUCAAUUUUUCUUUGUCACAUUUUGUUGUCUCCCUUUGUUUUUUUACUUGAUAUUUAAUUUUUACUCUUUUCAUCGUGUUGAAAUGAGUAGCAGUUAUGGUUCAAGCACCUCAUCUACUCCACGUUCCACCAGCCCCAUCAGGGCCCUAAAGCAUGUCAAAUCUUAUCCAGAAUCAAAAGGCCAGGGAAUCAUUUGUGAUACUCCUAUGAGGUCAGUUUCUCAUCCAGCCCAGAGUGAUUCACAGACCAUGUGGAAUAUAACCAGCCACAUUCCUGAACAGAAAAACCCACCAAGGAGCCAAUUUGAUGCUCUGGAGCGAUUUCACCCCACGUAUUUGCAACUAGAACACCAGCACCAGCCCCUCCAUCCUUGUCCAACUAAUAAAGAAUCCAUGGAAAUCUUUUACCAACACACUGAAUUGGCUAAGAAGUACCUGGCUGUUAAACGAGAAUUGGAUUUCCUGACCCAUAAGAAGUAA